AAUAAGACUCGACACUCGACCCAACCUUCAUCCCGAACAUCUCUUGCUACUCCUUUAUAAAAAAGUUCGAGCUUUGUGAACGCACGCGCGCGCGAACUCGACUGUUCACGCACUUGUCAAUUAUUUUUUUUUUCAAAAAAAAAAAAAAAAACUUCGAAAGUUUUUUUCUAUCAAAAAAAAAAAAAGGACCGAGUUUUACCGUGCAAAUUUUCCAGUGAAUCUCAUUUUUUUAUCUUCACUUUUGACGUCAUCGAUAAAAAAAAAGUAGCAUCAUGGUGAAAUAUAUUCUAGUCCUGACGAUAUGCCUUCUGGCGGUGAAGACUGUUCUCAUGAUGCCAGUUGCUGAUGAAUCGACAAAAAUUGAAUCCAAACAAGAGGAAAAAGUCGCCUCAAGUACUCAAGCAGAACAACCGGCAAAAUUAGAUACCACCACUCAUCUAAAAGACGAACCAUCGGCUGUUGUACCAUUGGCGGCAGAACAACACGACACUCAUCAUGAAAAUCACAAGGAUCACGAAAGUCAUGAGGCACACAAGGGUCAUGAAAAUCAUGCUCACGACAAUCAUGAGCAUAAAGUACGUUCAACACCCUCUGACGAUUCAUCUGAAAGCAAAGAAAGUGAUGAGAGUUCUGAAAGUGCCGAAAGCUCUGAGGAAAAAAAGAAAGAACAACCAAAAAAAGAGGAGAAACAAAUUUUAGCCGAUGAGAAAAAAUCAGAAAAUAUCGAAGCACCAACUAAAAUUGUCGCUAGAUCUGAAUCUGAAACAGCUGCAAUUCCAGAAGCACCAUCAGCACCAAUUGCCGAUUCACCAGCAGAGGCACCCAAGGAUACACCAAAACCUGAAAUUAAAUCCGAAGCAAAAGCCGAGGAGAAGCAAGCACAAAUUGAAAAGAGAUCGGAACAAGCAAAACCCGAGGAGAAAACUUUGGAGAAAAUUGAAAAAGUUGCCGAUACACCAGUAGCUGAUGAAAAGACGGCACCAUUGCCCGAGGAACCUAAGAAACAAGAGGAGAAAAUCCCUGAGAAAGAGGAAAUUAAACGUGAAUCACCAAUUGCCACUGCACCACAAGAAGGUAAACAGGGAGCACGAUCUGAGGAACCAGCAGCACCAGAGGCAAAAUCUGCACCCACUGAAGCGGUGAAAAUUCAAGAGUCCAGCAAAACUGAAGAACCAACUAAAAUUGCCGCUGAACCAGCGAAAAUUGAAGAAAUCCCUUCAACAAUUGUAAAAACAGCAAAUAGUGAAGCUGCCGAUGAAAAGAGAGAGCUCAAGACACUUGAUUCCGAAUCAGUGCCAGUAGUGCCAGCUCAACCAGCUGAAGAGCCAAAAUCACCCAAGGAAUUAGCACCAAAACCAAAAUCCGAGGAAUCAAAACCCCACGAUGACGCUAAACCAUUGGAAGAAAAGGAACAAAAAGCAGAAGCUUUGCCAAAACCCGAGGAAGUUAAAGAAGCCGAAAAAACGCAAGACGCAAGUAGCAAAAGCAGCAGCAGUCCCAGUGGCGGCACUAGUGAUUAGUUCUGAAAAAAAGCUCCUCUUAAGCGGCUAAUUCAUUUACAGAAAAUCGUAUUUCAUUCCGAAAAAGUAUCUUAUUAAGUGAACAGAUUAAUGAAUGAGAAAGAUUUUUGUUUGUAUGUGUUGAUUAAAAUGUGAAUCCAUGUAUGUGUGUGUGUAUUAAUGAAAAGGAAAAAAUGACGCGAGAGUAUGUGCGGCUUAAUGAAUUGAGAAAAUGUGAGAUUGCCCUGAAAAAAAGGAGAGAGAGAGACAUUGGGAACUGUAAUAACAGAAAUAAAAAAAAAACACAAUCUUUUUUUUAAGCAGUAAAUUCAUUCUCGAUUAACAGCAAAUAAAAAUAAAUUCACAUAUCUAUAAAAAAAAAUUUUAUCAGUUUGUAGCGUAUGACAUAAGUUAGCGAAUCGCAUAUGAGAUGGAAAAGGAUAAAUGUAAUUUUAUCCUUUUUCAUUCUCAUUCAUGAAACUAUUUUCUUGCGCAAAUACGCCAUGAACUAACAAAAUUUCUAUAGAAAUUGUAUCACGACAAAGAGAGCAGUUUCAGACUGACGCCAUCUGAUGGCGAUUUUUUAAAAAUUUCCGGUUCUUAAGGGGGCGCGCUGUAUGGACGCAAAAACAUUGCAUCGAAAUGCCGGUACAAAAAAAAAAAAAAAAUUAACCAUCGCGAUCUAUUUUUUUUUUGCUAAUAAUUUUGUCUCAAGACCGAAAAAUUGAUUUCUAUUGAGAAAAAAUUAUUUUCGGUCUGAGAAACAAAAAAAAAAUUUCGCCCUUUUUUUUUUAGUAGUCCCCGCGAGUAUAUUAUCUUAUCGGCGAGAGUCGAUUUUCAUGCAUCAUUUUUUUUCUUCUCCCAACAAAUCUUGUCUAUCCCAAUAAAAAAAAAAACAAACAAAAGCGGUUCUUCCAAAAUUUGCUAGCGAUUAGUUUUUUCUUUUUUCGUAAUAGUUUUCUUUUUUUUUUUUUAGACGACUACCGCCUUAUAUAUUAUACUUGUACCGCUAAUUAUUGUUAAACAAAAUUCAUGUACCGCUCUUAUUAAUCUAUUAUGAUCUGUAUUAUUACUAUCAUCAUCGUUACAAUAAUAAUUAUUGCCAUUAUAA